AGAUCAUGAGAGCUUCUGCAAUUUGAAAUUUUAGAUUAAUUAUUGUUUUGUUUCUACAAACCAUUCCAUUGAAAACCACUUAUACUUUGCAAACGAUACAUUCUUCAAAACAGAAUACAAUUUGGUAUAUAGAAAAUCAGAAUGUCUUCUUGUAAGCUCUCAAUAACGGUGCUUUUUCUCACGUUGUUCAUGAUGGCCGGCAUAGCUGCCUCAGCUAAUUUCUGGGAAGACUUUGAACAAACAUACGGCGACCAGCGUCUUCAAUUACUUGAUGGAGGGAAACAUUUCACACUCAGCCAGGACGCGAAUUCUGGGGCGGGAUUCAAAUCCAAGAACGAAUACCUAUUUGGACGUUUCGACAUGGAUAUGAAGCUCGCUCCUGGGAACUCAGCUGGUACUGUCACCACAUUUUAUUUAUCUUCUCCUCAAGGGCACGAACACGAUGAGAUAGACAUAGAGUUUUUGGGCAACUCUUCUGGGAGUCCGUACACUCUCCAUACCAAUGUGUUCAGUAAGGGUAAAGGAAAUAAAGAACAACAAUUUCAUCUUUGGUUUGAUCCCACACAAGAUUUUCACAACUAUACAAUUAUCUGGAACCCCCAUCGUAUUAUAUGGAUGGUGGAUAACAGUCCCAUUAGGAUUUUCAGCAACGUCGAAGCAUCACUUGGUGUUCCAUAUCCUCAUAGCAAACCGAUGAGGAUUUACUGCAGCUUCUGGAAUGCCGAUGACUGGGCUACACAAGGUGGAAAAGUAAAGGCCGACUGGUCUCAAGGUUCUAAAACAGUCUCUUACAAAGACCACAAGAUCAAUGCUUGUCUUCCUUGGGAUCAGGGCUGUGCUUCGAACACAGCCGGAAAUUCAUGGCAGAAUAUUGAUCUUGGUCGUUUAGGUCAUGAUAGGCUUCGAUGGGUACAAGAGAAGUACAGGGUCAGCAACUACUGUGACCCCAGUAAAUCUCCCCAAGGUGGCCCGCCACGCGAGUGUAUGCACUCCGAGUUUCAGAGCCCCCCAAAUCCCAACCCUGCAAAUCCCGGCGCUCCCAACAUUCCCGACCUUAAAAAUCCCGGCAACAAACCCAAAUACUAGUAAAUGGUCUUGUUCUAGAAUAUAUAUAAUUUUACAUUCAAUGUUGAUCACCUGGAUCUCAUUUUUAAGACGAAUUAUAUCAUUGUAUUCUUUGUGUAAAUGAAAUUUACAAAAUAAACUAAAAUAAAUUUAAAACGGUUUAUUUAUAA